AAGCACAAGGAGCCCAUGGAGACAGUCAUGCUAGAAAAGACGAUCAUCAAGCUUGGUGGACUGUUGGCUUUAGGCUUUGGCGAAGCUGGGGCAGAGGUUAUUGGCCAGAACAUGAAGGUGAGUGCCACGGCCGGGGUCAACGCCAUGGUCCCUGGCUCCAAGGUCGAAGCCAUCAUCGGCUUUUGCAACAUUCGGAACUUCAUGGCAGCGACCGAGGUUCUGAAAGAGAAGGUGAUGCUCUUCGUGAACCAGGUGGGUGAGAUCGUCCACGGAUGCGUGGACGACUUCCACGGUGCGCCAAAUCGGAACAUCGGCGAUGCCUUCUUGGUGAUCUGGCGGCUGACAGGUCUCCCGGAAAAGCAGACCAAGCUGGCCGACAUGUCCCUCAUGUCCUUUGUGAAGAUCAUCGCGGAGAUCAACAAGUCGCGGGUCAUUGCUGCCUAUCGUCAGCAUCCCGGCUUCCAGAUGCGAAUACAGGACUACCGGGUUACCCUCGGGUUUGGCCUGCACUGCGGCUGGGCGAUUGAGGGAGCCAUCGGCAGCGAGUACAAGAUCGAUGCCUCCUACCUUUCUCCCAACGUCAACGUCGCCUCAAAGCUUGAGGCCGCUACAUCCCAGUUCAAGGUGUGGAUGCUGCUUUCGCACAGCAUGGUGAACAUGUGCAGCAACGAGGUAGCCUUGACCUGCAGACUCAUCGACCAAGUCACAGUCAGCGGGUCACGAAUCCCUAUGCGCGUGUACACCGUGGAUCUGGACGUCUCAAGGAUCCAUGUUGUCGAGCAGGGGCCUGAUCGAAUCAUCAGGAACCGCUUCAAGAUCCGCCAGCUUCGCGAGGUGCGGAAGAGCGAGAAGAUGGCCGAGGAAUACCGUGUGUGGGAUGCCAUGACGAGCAACCCGGACAUCCGGCAGAUGCGCCAGCUUUUCUCGGAGGAGUUCUUCCAGCGCUUUGCCAUGGCAUACCGCAAUUACGAGGCAGGAGAGUGGCUUGCAGCGCGCGACAUGCUCUUCACCUGCCACUACCAGCCGCAGCACGAUAUCGGCCGACGGCUCGUAACCUCUGAGGCUGAUUGGCCUGUUGACGGGCCGACGGUCACCCUGCUCCGCUUCAUGCGGCACUGGGACUAUGAGGCUCCGAAGGACUGGCUAGGAUAUCGACAGCUCCCUGAGUAG